UUCUACAUCCGCAUCCUUUCCCAUCUAGAAGAAAUGCCUCAACUUGCAUUAAUUUCACCACAGGAUCAUCUCCACCGACACCACCACCACCUCCUCUUCCUAUUCCUCCUCAUCUCGGCCACCAAUGCUACCCGUGCCGCCGCUAUUACUAGCACUGGUUAUCAAAGAUUCAAAGAAGCUCCACAAUUUUAUAACUCUCCAACCUGCCCUUCCAUUGAAACAAGUGGCAUUAAUGAAAUGUGCUCUGAUGAAGCUGUUCAUGUGGCAAUGACCCUUGACGUCGCCUACUUACGUGGCUCAAUGGCCGCCAUUUUAUCCGCCCUCCAGCACUCUUCUUGCCCUCAAAACAUCCUCUUCCACUUCAUUGCCUCUGCCACCACCAACAACCAUCACCUCCGCCGCAUAAUCUCCCGCUCUUUUCCUUCCCUCAAAUUCCAAAUUUACCCUUACGACUCCUCCGCUGUGUCGGGCCUUAUUUCCACUUCCAUCCGCUCAGCACUCGACUGCCCUCUCAACUACGCCCGCAACUACCUCGCCAACGUCCUCCCUCCAUGUCUACACCGAGUCGUUUACUUAGACUCCGACCUCGUCCUCGUAGAUGACAUUGCUAAACUCGCCGCAACCCCACUAGGCGACCACUCUGUUUUAGCUGCACCUGAGUAUUGCAACGCCAACUUCACUUCCUACUUCACCCCAACUUUCUGGUCAAACCCUACAUUAUCUUUAACAUUUGCUGGGCGCAAAGCUUGUUAUUUCAACACUGGGGUAAUGGUGAUAGACUUGCAAAGAUGGCGUGAAGGAGAUUACACUACAAAGAUUAUAGAAUGGAUGGAGCUUCAAAAGAGGAUGAGGAUCUAUGAGUUAGGGUCCUUGCCACCGUUCUUGCUGGUCUUUGCAGGGAACAUAGCGCCUGUUGAUCAUAGAUGGAACCAACAUGGGCUUGGAGGAGACAAUUACAGAGGAUUAUGUAGAGAUUUACAUCCUGGUCCUGUCAGUUUGUUACAUUGGAGUGGGAAAGGGAAGCCAUGGGUGCGACUAGAUGCCAACAGGCCUUGUCCUUUGGAUGCUUUAUGGGCUCCUUAUGAUUUGCUGCAAACACCCUUUGCUAUGGAGUCUUAGAAUUUUGGUAUAUUAUUUUCUAAAAUAAAUCUUUCUCUUUUUCAUGGCGGAGGGGGUGUCUUUUUUCCCUUUCUGGGCUGAGAUUUUUAGGUUCAAUGAAACCAUAGACUUAUGAGAAUAGAGAUCUGAGCGAAAAAUCAAGAUCUUUUCUCCUGCAGAUGGUGAGAAGUGUGGGGAGGUGUUCAUAGAUUAUACAGCAGAGCAGACUAUUAACAAUCUUACAAUCCUUUUUUUUUAAAUCUAUGUAUCUGAGAACAGUAUAUAUCACAGUUACGGCUACAAAAGAAGAGAAACAAUAUCAAAAUAUUUUCAAUUUCCAUGUUCAUCUCCCCUUUUUGUCUGUUGAAUUGCUUGAUAUAAUUGCAUCUAUAUAUCUUCUUUUUUUCUUUUCUGAUAAUAAUAUGCAGAAAUCCCGGGCAUUGAUUAUGAUUAUGAAAAUUUUGAAAACUAUGAUGUUGGUGCAAUGUCCGGUCUAAUUGAACUGUACAUCUGUACCUUAUUUUACUACACAAUUUGAGACAGGUUUGAAAUACAUCCACGUGCAGUAAAUGAUUUCCAUUUUUUUUUUUUACCUCCAC